AUGACUAAUCAUAUUGCAAUAAUAUCAAGUGCCACAUUAUCUUUAAUUGGUUAGAUGAUAAUAGUAAUACUUUUUUUCUAUUUUACAAAACUUAGAAAUGGACUAAUUCCAAGAAUAAUUCUCUAUCUCACAAUAGGUGGAAUUAUUUAGGUACAUAAAUUAAUAUUAAUUUAUUGAAUAGACUAUAGGAAUUCUGGGAUCAAGCUUUGAUGAGUUAAAUUGUACUUUUUUUGGAUUGUUUAGACUAUAUGGAGGUUUAAGUUCAAUAAUAUGGAGUUCAAUUUUGAUAUAUUCAAUAAAAUAAGUAGUUAAUUCAUUAAUGACAUAGUUGUUUAUGGUAUUUAAUAAUUAGAAUUCAUCAGAAUUUAUAGAUAUUAGAGAGAUUCUUAACAAACUAGUUAAAUUAGAGAGGAAGUUUUGUUUAUAUUCUUUUGGACUUCCAUUACUGUUAAUAACAUAUCCAUUAAUGACAGCUUUAAUUUAUGAUUCAAAAAAUUCAUAACUUUGUUUAUUUUAUAAUUUAUAGACAGAUCCAUUACUGUAAAAGAUGUAAUUAAAUAUUUAAAAAUUAAUUUUAUGGAUUAUUCCAAUAAGUUUAUACUUAAUUUAUAGUUUGAGUAUUUUAAAUAGGAUAAAACAUGUAAUGAAAGAUGAUGAAGAAAAAUAGGAAAUCUAUAUUGAAGUAAAGAAAUUGAUCAAAUAAAUUCUCUUAUUUCCUAUAAUUACAUUUAUUUGUACUCUAAGUUUUACAGUAGAAGAUAUAUAAAGUCUAUUUAUGUCUUAGAUUGGAUUGACAUAGACAUCUGUUUCUUUGGCCUUUUUAAGUUUUUGGGGAUUCUUAAAUUGUUUAGCUUAUUUAAGUUAAGAUUCAGUUAGAUUAGAAAUUAGAAGUAGAAAAAUGUCAGAAGAAUAAUAAGUACAUUUAAUAUACAUUUAGGAUAUGUGA